CAGAGCCGCCGCUGGGCCUCACAUGCGGUUCCCAGCCGAGCCGGCCGGGAGUAGCAGCGGCGCCGCGCGCGCUCCCCGCACCCCCCCGCCCGCACUAUCCGCGCGCCCGGCGGCCGCAGGCGCGGGGCAGAUGAAGUACAUCCUGGUCACGGGCGGCGUGAUCUCGGGCAUCGGCAAGGGGAUCAUCGCCAGCAGCAUCGGCACCAUCCUCAAGUCCUGCGGGCUGCAUGUCACCUCCAUCAAGAUCGACCCCUACAUCAACAUCGACGCCGGCACCUUCUCGCCGUACGAGCACGGAGAGGUGUUUGUGCUGGAUGAUGGAGGGGAGGUGGACCUGGACCUCGGGAACUACGAGCGCUUCCUCGAUAUCCGCCUCACCAAAGACAACAACCUGACCACGGGGAAGAUCUACCAGUAUGUCAUUAACAAGGAGAGGAAGGGAGAUUAUCUUGGCAAAACGGUCCAAGUUGUUCCCCACAUCACAGAUGCCAUACAGGAAUGGGUAAUGAGGCAGGCACGGAUUCCUGUGGAUGAAGAUGGCAUUGAACCCCAAGUUUGUGUGAUUGAGCUCGGGGGCACCGUGGGUGACAUCGAGAGCAUGCCUUUCAUCGAGGCCUUCCGCCAGUUCCAGUUCAAAGCCAAAAGAGAGAAUUUCUGUAACAUUCACGUCAGUCUGGUUCCCCAGCCAAGCUCGACAGGGGAGCAGAAGACCAAACCCACCCAGAACAGUGUUCGUGAGCUCAGAGGUCUCGGGCUCUCUCCAGAUCUGAUUGUUUGCAGGUGCUCCACUCCACUGGAUACCUCAGUAAAAGAAAAGAUUUCCAUGUUCUGUCAUGUUGAACCAGAACAGGUCAUUUGUGUUCAUGAUGUCUCCUCCAUCUACCGGGUUCCUCUGCUGCUGGAGGAGCAGGGAGUUGUGGAUUACUUCAGGCACAGGCUGGACCUUCCCAUCGAGAGGCAGCCCAGGAGGAUGCUCAUGAAGUGGAAGGAGAUGGCUGACAGGUAUGACCGUCUGCUUGAAACAUGUUCCAUUGCACUGGUGGGCAAAUACACCAAGUUUUCUGACUCCUAUGCAUCUGUCAUCAAAGCCCUGGAGCACUCUGCCCUGGCCAUCAACCACAAACUUGACAUUAAGUACAUUGACUCUGCUGACUUGGAGCCAGACACUCUGCAGGAGGAGCCUGUCAGGUACCACGAGGCGUGGCAGAAGCUCUGUGGUGCUGAUGGAGUUCUGGUUCCUGGUGGAUUUGGUGUUCGAGGGACAGAAGGCAAAAUUCAAGCUAUUUCCUGGGCAAGGAAACAGAAAAAACCCUUUUUAGGAGUCUGUUUGGGAAUGCAGUUGGCAGUGGUGGAGUUUGCUCGCAGUGUCCUUGGUUGGCAAGAUGCAAACUCAACAGAGUUUGACCCCAAAACUUCUCAUCCAGUGGUCAUAGACAUGCCAGAACAUAAUCCUGGUCAAAUGGGUGGGACAAUGAGGCUUGGCAAGAGGAGGACACUUUUCCAAACUAAGAAUUCAAUCAUGAGGAAGCUGUAUGGAGAUCAUGAUUUCUUGGAAGAGAGACACAGACACAGAUUUGAGGUCAAUCCAGAACUGAAAAAGUGUUUUGAAGAGCAAGGUCUGAAGUUUGUGGGGCAGGAUGAGGAGGGAGAGCGGAUGGAAGUGGUUGAGCUGGAAGAGCAUCCUUUCUUUGUUGGUGUUCAGUAUCACCCCGAGUUCCUCUCCAGGCCCAUCAAGCCAUCACCCCCAUACUUUGGGCUCCUCCUGGCAUCUGCAGGGAGACUCACCCACUACCUGCAGAAGGGCUGCAGGCUCUCCCCCAGGGACACUUACAGUGACCGGAGUGGCAGCAGCUCUCCUGACCUGGAGAUAACAGAGCUGAAGUUCCCUUCAGCAAAUCAUGACUGAUUCCUGGUGUGUCCUUGCUGCAGAGAGGAGUCUCCAUUAGGUUUUCCAGGUGUUCUUACAGCAGUAGCUUCAACACCCUCAGCUUUGGGCUUUCCUAACUUAUGGGUUUAUAAUUUUUGUUCUGAGAUCCUGUCCCUUAUUUCCUCAGCUCUUCCUUUAUUUUCUCUAUAGAUCUUGGUUAUUUGUGGAGGAGAGUUCACAGAGGCCCCUCCCAACUUCCUUCAGUUGCACCAGCUUGGAGGUCGAAGCAAACUGGGGUGUGGGAUUUGCUGUGUUGAGGGGAAUCCCAUGGCACACGUCCUUCCCAGUGCAGGGUGCCUUGGACACAGUGGAGCUGCUUUCUCCAGUCUUUCUGCUCCCUCCUCAGGCUUUACUUACUGGUGGAAUUAUGGGUGGCACAAGAUUUUGGGGGCUGGCUUAGUGUCUGUGCUGCAGAGAGGGCUCUGGGCAGCUUCAUGCAGCCUUUUUGGUUUGGUUUUUUUUUUUUUUUUUCAGGGAAAAGGGAAGGGGAUGAUUUUUGGUUUGUUUCUGUUUUCUCAGUAGCAUUUGCAAACCUUUGGCAUUGGUGCUCUUGGUGCAUUCAUUGUCACUAUGAAUUUGUAACCAGGAAGAUCUUCCUGGAGCAGUGUUACCCUGGAACACGCUCAGCUCUGGCUGAGUGUCACUGCAGGGAUGUGAUUAACUGGGAUCAGGUGGGGUGGCAGGAGAACAAAGUGCCAGGGCAGCCCUGACCCCAGGGGUCCGUGUGAGCCCUCCUGUGCUCCUGGAGCUGCUCCUGGGCUGGGAAACUCCGACCCCUUGCAUCAAGGGGGAGGUGAGAACAGAGUGAACCACUGAACCACUUCCACUGCUGCCUUGACCUGUGUCCCUGGCCUGGGACACAGCAGCUCCUGGUGCUUUUUCGUGGAUUUGAAGCGGAGCCUUUUGUUGCCUUUUUGUCCACGCUGGAGCCGUGUCUGGGCUCCUGCAAUGGGAGCCUUCCUCCUCCAAGGGCUGUUCUGAGCGAGGGCUCAGCUCCCUUCAGUGCUGCUGCCUCGGGCGGUGGCUGCUGCUGUCCAGCUGAGCGGUGCUGAGGGGCUGAGCUGUCUCGGUUCCCUGCCUGCUGCAGCCAUGAACAACCCCUGUGUGGCCUUGGAGGGGGAAGGAAGGAAGGAAAGUGUCUCCCUUGUCUGGUGUUGCACGCUCAGACUUCAGCAGCUCCGUGGAUUUUGGGAGAGCUGCAUGGUCACACCUGGCUGAGCCACAAAACUAAACCCUGUCCCUCCCCAGCCCCCCUUGCUUUAGUCCUCAGUUGUUUUAAAUAUUCCCCGUAAAGCUGCUGUGAGCCCGGAGAGCUUGGAGCAUUCCUGAUGUGCCAGUUCCAGCUGCUGUGCAGGAAUUCUCCAGUUGCAGUGCUCUGCUGCUGCCCAGUCCUGCCCUGGCCUGGCUGUCCUGGGGCACGGUGAGAUCCUCUCUCAGCUGCAGCACAACUGUGUUUUUUUCCUCCUGAAAUGUUUGUUUUGGCCAAAACAGUGCAACUGACUCGGUCAUUAAAUGCUCAUUUGUAACAAACUGA